AUGAGAGUUUUUAAUCCACAGUCCGAGGCGUACCUAGCUGAUAAAAACAAGCCACAUCUGCUGCCGGCCGAGAAAUUCUUCAUCUUGGCUCUGGCUCUGGCUGGCUGCGUGGCCGCCGACUCUGGCUACAACUACAAUGCUCCGGCUACCUUUGCUCCCGCCCCCGCACCAGUAGCUGCUCCCGCUCCCGUCUUCCACGCCGCUGAGUCUGCACCAGCUCCCGUGAGGACCUAUGUGCCCCCAGCUCCGGUCCGCCAUGCUGCCGCUUCGGCUCCUGCUCCCGUGCAGACCUUUGCUCCUGCUCCCGCUCCAGUUGCUGCUCCAGCUCCCGCUCCCGCUCCCGUCUUCCACCAGGCUGCCUCUGCUCCUGCCCCCGUGAGGACCUAUGUGCCCCCAGCUCCAGUCCACCAUGCCGCCGCCUCAGCUCCUGCUCCCGUCCAGACCUUUGCUCCCGCCCCCGCACCAUCUUUCGCUCCUGCCCCAGCGCCCGCUCCCGUCCAGUCCUUCGCUCCUGCCCCAGCGCCCGCCUUCGAGGCUUCCGGACCCGCUUUCGAGGCCGCCGCCUCCGCCCCAGCUGCAGCCACCUCUGGCUACGAUUACCACCAGCCCGCUGCCAGCCAGCAGGGAUAUAAGUACAGGACCGUCCGUCGCCGUGUCUACAGGCACCGCGCUUAA